AUGGCACAAGAAGGUCCAUGGUCAGAGAGCCAAUGGUUUCCCGUGCACGAAAACAUUCACCGCGACUGGUAUGAAUACCACAGUUUCUUCAGUGAAGAAGAAAGUGAUCAUAGAUGGCGCAUACGAAAUGGCACUUGGCCUCUGAAUGAGAGUAUCAAAGAGAUAGAUGGUGAACGGGACGCAUGGUUAAUCUGCAAUCUCAUCCUGCGACGCACCGAAGGCCGAUCUCCCUCUGCAGAUUGGUACGAUGAAAAGGACAAUUCCAGCUAUCACAUCACGAAUGCUCCUUUCCCACCGCUCAAAGCUACUUAUCAACAACGCUCAACAAACUAUUAUCGUGGUACUACUGAACAACCGUUGGUAGAAGUCCUUGAUGUACGCAACUGGUUGGUCGAGAACACGACUUGGUCAAUUGGAUACUGCGCUGUCUUGAAAAUGGAUUUCAUUUACAGUUCACAGGAUUACACACCCCAACACGUAACCCUCGGCGCCAUACAGGGCAAGCUUGAUUCUCGGAGAUUUCAAGUUCCAAAGGUCAUACAUCACGAAGUGCAGAUGAAACGAACAAUCACAUUCGAAACACAAAUUUAUGGAUUAAAUUUGGGACAAGCUUGGCUGUUUCUAUCGGAUGAAAAUAGGUGGCGUUACAUAGCUGCUGUAGCGGAUUUUUGCUUUGAGCUGUCCAAAUUCAAGGGUGAUAAUAUUGGCUGGGCAACCAAGGGUUUAGAAUCUGCUCUCUCAGAAUUCUGUUUCUCGCACAAUAGUUGUGCCCCAGACAAUAUCAUUCUGGUAGAUGGUCUUCCAGAAGAUGGUAUUCCAGCAGGAGGAGAUUCCCUCCCAGCGAUUGGUAUUGUAGACUGGUCGAUUGCAGGAUUUGUGCCGAAGGCCUGGGCUCGCACGAGGUUUGCUGUGGAUAUGGUGUGUGAUUUGCCACUCUACCACAGGUUGAGGAAGAAUGAGCUUUCAAGAAUUCCAGAGGCCGACGCUCAUAACUUUAGAUGGGGUGUCUGGAAGCUCCUGGGAAAUGACUCGUAUAAUAUGCCCGAAGUAAAUGAUCUGUGGUGGAAGGCUCAUCCCGAGAUGGCUGCAUUUGUGGGACCGGAGUUUAUUCAAGGAAGGAGGACUCUUCCCCUAUCAUUUAGUUGA